AUGGAUGCAGGUACAUCAACAAUAACUAAUAAAGCUCGUUUGAGGCAACAGAUCUUGGAAGGGGAACAGGACAUUGAUACGUUGAGUCAAUCCUUAAAUCAACAACAAUUAUACGCUCAACAACAGGGUCAACAACAGAAAACUGGAAGAUUCCAACCAGCGUAUCUCCAGCAGCAACAACAGCAACAACAAUAUCUCAUGAAUAAUGGAUCUCACACAAAUCUGAUAACUUCCGCAUCAACCACAAAUUAUGAUAUUAUGACACCCUUACCUACUGGAAGCCCUUACACCAACAAUAGCAACUCAAGUUUCACUAAUGUUGCACCAAAUUCAUCGAGGAAAUCGUCCAUGACUUCACAAUCUGCUGCUGCUCGAUUCUUCAGAAAGCAUAAAGGCGCAGAUCCAAAUUUUAAUGAAGAUUCUGGAGCUGACAUUACUGAUUUAACCAACGGUGCCAAUUUGUCGUUUGAUGAUAUAACUCAUAUUAGAAAUCAGGGUCCUUAUGGUAUCAAUGCAGCCAGUUCUCUAGAUACAGCUCCAAUUAUUCCAACACUAGGAGCAAAUGGAACAUUAGGUGGAUUGGGAUCAGCUUCGGGAGCAAAGGUUAACAAUGUUCAAUAUCGAAGACAAAUGAACCAACAAAAGAAGCUAGCGAUGAUUAAUGGUGCACGUGCCAACUCAUUAGCUGGAGGCAAUCCAAUGAUGAUGAUGCAACAACAGCUGCAAAUAGGUGCAGACCCACGAACUAUGUCAUUGAUGAACUCACAAGGACCAAGAACCAUGUCAUUAAACUCACAGGGUCCAAGAACGAUGUCAAUGAGAUCAGGACCUUUUCCACAACAACAAAUGCCAUAUAAUCAACAAUUCCAACCACAACAGCAAAUGGGUGUUGCUGGUGCACCUCGUGCAAUGUCAUUAAGAUCAGGUCCUUACCCUCAAAACCAAUAUCCAAAUCAAAUGCAAAUGCAAAUGCAAAUGCCAAUGCAGAUGCAGAUGCCAAAUAUGGGUCCUAGAACGAUGUCCAUGCAAAACACUGCUAUUCAGAAUAAUGGACCUAGAACAAUGUCAAUGAUGAAUGGGGCUUAUAGUGGGGGUCCAAUGCCACAGAAUUAUCCAAGAACCAAAUCUUUAGGUAGCCAAGGUCCACCAAUGGGAUACCAAGGUCCACCUCUAAGAAGUCAGAAUUUAGUACCUGCAAAUGCAAGUCAACAACCAAGACCAACACCGCCACAAUCACAAUUACAACAACAACCAGUACAACAACAGCAACCGUAUCAACCAUUCUCUCCUUCUCCACAACAACAACAACAACAACAACAAAAUCCAAAGCAACCAAUUCAGCAAGCUUUUGCACCUGGGCAGCAACCUUUUGUUCCUAAAAAUCAAACUUAUCCAACACCACAAGGUGGACAGUAUGAUAAAUCACCACAAUUUUCCCAGCCGCGUCAAAUGUCAGGAAAUCUGCAACAAUUUGCCCAUAACUCUAACGAUUCUUUGCAACAGGUUGUUGAAGAAGAAGAAGAGCAACCAGAAGAUCUGAAUCACAGUCUCGAUCCAAAAGGAAAGUCAAGUGGUAGUGAAGAAGAUGUGAUUUAUAAAUUUGAAGAAGAUGAUGCUAAUGCAGCUUUAUCAAGAAAAUCGACAUUGAAAAAGACAAAUUCCAUGAGAGUUCGUAAAUUGAACUUGUUUAAUAAUGAAGCAGAGCCAAAAUCAGGCAAGAAGACAUUAGUCAGAAAAAAGCCACCCGUUAGUCCUGCGGUAGAAACGUUUGAUCCUAGUAGUUCAACUGACAGUAUUAGAACGGAAGAUAAAGAAUUGCCUCAAAUUCCAAAUAACCCAUCUCAAAACACAAAACAACCAGAAGGAGAAGAAGAAGAAGAUCUUAAUGAAGUUCCUUCUUCACCAACUUUUAAUAUUGCAAGUCCAGCUGCUAGAGAGUCAUACAUGGAUGAUGAUGACUUUGUUCCUAAGAAUGAUGGUUACAAAUCUUUGGGUGCAAAUGCUAGGGCUUCAACUCAUGAUGUUUUUGUCACUGCAUUGGAUUUUACAUCCCCACAAAAGAGCAAUAAAUCGAUAAAGAUUACAUCACCACAUAGAUCUCCAGAAAAAACAGUUAGACAGUAUAGUCACCUGGCAAAAUCAAGCUUUCCUUCUCCAAAUGUCGAAAUUGAUCUCGAGGAAGAUGAAAUGGAUGAGCAAAGUACUAUUCAAGAAGAAUCCAAUAUGUCCAAAUCAUCUACUGAAGAUACUACUGCGUCCAGUUCCAACAGUGCGGCUGUAGCUCCGAAGGAACCAAGUUUAUUCAAUCCUAAUAGACCACGUAAUGUUCUGGAAACCAAUCCAAAACUUAGGAAUCUCGUUGCAAAUACAGCUUUCAGUAAUUUCAGAUCACCAUCAGUUGAAUCGACCCCAAGUUUUGCCAAUCCUGCUAGCACCAAUAAGUUGAAUGAUUCAGAACAACCUAGUUCAACAGGGUCUUCGGUCUAUGGUGAUUCUUCUCAUUUCAAAUCACUGAAAUUUGAUUUAAACAAUUCUGAUACCGAUGAUAGUGAAUUUAGACCAAAAGUAGAUACCAAUGCAAUGUUUGAACAAAGCACAAAUGGUGAAACCACUCCUCCAACAUCUUCUACGUCUAAUGUUUCUCACAAAGGAAUUGAAUUGAUGACUCCACUGAAGGGAGAUGGCGAUUAUAAGCGACAAUCACUCCAUGCAUCUAGUCAACAACAAGAACAGCAUGAUGAUAGUUUCUAUGAAAACUUUUCCGAACCAAUCAGUGAUGUUGCACCAGAAAUUAGAAAUCAUGAUCAAAAAUCGUUUGAUUUUUCACCAGUUCAAGAAGAACAACCAGAUGCUGAUGAAGAUUUCUCUUCCAAGACUGGUACGGGUGCUCGUCGCUCCUCCAGUGGUGAAGAUAUUAAGAAUUUGUUGCCAUCUCGUCAAAGCAGUUCAAGAUUAUCAACUGUGGGGGCACCACCAGCUCAAGCUGUUAAUAAGAGAUCGUCUUUCAAUUUGAAUGGAACCAAGAAUUUAUUCAAGAGAUUUUCUAAAUCAAGUAGAAGAGGCAGUUCGAUUGACGAAGGUGAUAUUUCUAUUGGUACUAUGUCAUCAAGAAACUCUUCAUUUACACAAGCAACAAAACCACCAACUUUUACAAGAAGAGUUUCAUCUAGUGGAACAUUGGGUUCAUUAGAAACAGCUAUUCCUAAGAAACCAUUGACUUUUACCAAAGAAGAAAUGAGUAUCAUGAAUUGUAAUAAUGAUUUAUUGAAUGAAUUAGAGUUGGUGACCACUGAAUUGGCAGCAUCUAUCAAACGUGAAUUGGCAUUAGAGAAUAAGUUGAAGAAUAAUAUUUCCCAAACCUCGUCUCCAACAUUAGAGAAAGAUUUAGCAUUUGAAGUAACUGAGAAAUCCAAGACCAUUUCUGAAUUACAAGAAAAGUUGAGUAAAGAAAGACGAUUAAGAUUCAUCAGUGAAGAACAUGCAUUGUUAAGUGAACAUGGUCAAACACCAUCACCAUUGAAAUUGAAUUAUGAAAAGACUGAAUUGUAUAAGCAGUUAUUGAUCAAAAAUGAUUUGGUUAAUCAAUUAGAGGACAAAUUAGCUGAAUAUGAGAAAAGACACGGUAAGAGAUCAUUUUCGGAGCCUGAGAAUGAUCUGGAUUUAAUGGAGAAAUAUAAUGAAUUGUUGAAAGAAAAUGCUGAUUUGAAAUCAAUAAUCAUACCGAACUUGGAAAAGAAAUUGGCCGAGAAAGAACGAGGUCAAGUAUAUGACGAAUCAAGAUUAGAAAUCCAGGCAUUGACGACACAACGUGAUGAGUUAAGGGAAGUUGUUAAUAAACUCACUUCCCAUAAUAAUAAUGAAUUAAAAUUGGCACAAGAAAAGAUUAAACAAUUAGAGUUUAAAUUACAGGAUAUGAAAAAAAUCAAUGAUAAAUUAAGUAAUAGAAAUAUCAGUGAAAGUAAAAAAGGUGGUAAAUUGAAUGGAUUUACAAUUAUAAAUCCAACCAAAAAGUUCUUUGAUGAUUAA